AUGUCUUUCUCUGCACUCCAAGGAGCCACCUUAAUCUCGGCCCACUGCGGGCUGACUAAACUGAUCAUCAGUUUCACGUACCGUACCUACAAUUUCUUCGGACCCAAGUUCCUCGGAAUCGAAAAAGAACAGAUUGACAAGUUUAACGAAAACUUUCAUGUCAAGGAGUUCCAAAAAGCCAUUGCCAAUGAGUCUGAGUUCGCAGCGUUCUUGGCUGGGCCACUCUUCUACUUGGCAUUGGCUGGAGUGGAAGCAUCACAGGGGGCCACGCUUGCCGUUCUUGGGCAAGUGAGUUAUGUCUGGACCAGAACGGCGUUGGGAUACCCGUGCAUUCCAACUAUUGCAACAGCCAUUCUCCGAUAUGCUGGCAUGGCCUUGACCUUCGUUGAAUUGUGGAAGGUGGCAUUCCCUGCGAAAAGCAUCAAGUAA